AGAAGAAGUCGUAAGUUGUAUCUCGGGCGGGGUGCUUCGUUUCCACAGUUAUGAACUUUACAUAUGAAAUUUUCUGAUGAACAGUGUAACCUAUGACUCAUUGAGGGCAGCGGCCAGUGAGAUAUAGGCGCUUAUGGGCCCCCACGGACUGGGCCAUUCCUUAAGAGUUAAGUUAUGACACCCGGUACCCUUAUGCCAUGAUCAUCAUAGUGAAUGGUUUAGUGAGUGGAGAGAUGUUGCAGUGCCACGUCUUGUAUAUUCGUGUCCGGCGUGCCUAGGCGGUGUCAUGCCAUGACCAGUCUCAAAGCUACAGGCUGCCAAAACUGUCUUUACGUCUUAUGUCGUCAACUCGGGCCGAUUCUCUGCCUUCCUUCCUUCCGAUCUGAAGUGGCUGAACGCUGACUCGAAAAAAAAUCGAAUCUUUCGUGUAUACAAUGUACACUGUAGAGUCAAGAGCUUCAGAGUUCUCUCAGAAGGACCAUGGAGGACACGCCCUACAAGCAGAUGUCGCUUCUCGCACCAAACAUGGAGUUCGUCGCACAAAGGACAAAACUUCCCUCACUUCCCUUUGAUCCCAUUUGUCUAUUUGUCUCCCCUAUAAUCCCUAAUAGUCCCUCGCUUCAUCAUAACCUGUAUAUCAGUUGUAUCCACGCAGGAGGACCUGACGAUGACUGCGAAGAUGCGGGGGACAAUUCUACUUUUGGUGCAUACCUCAUUGGCGUUAUCGCGUCUGCAUGCUUGUUCGGCGUCACUUGCACUCAAACCUGGUAUUAUUUCACUCGCUAUUCUGACGUUACCACCCUCAAAGUAUGGGUGGGCGCUAUAUGGAUUUUGGAAGUUUUACAUGUAGCUUUCCCUGGUCAUGCCAUUUAUUAUUAUGUUAUACUACAUUACGGGGACCCGGCGGCUCUAACUCAAGCAACUUGGACGGCAUCUCUCAACCUUACUGUAACGGGCCUUACUGGUGUGCUUGUCUACCUAUUUUACGCCCGACGGAUAUAUUAUUUGUCGAACCACAACGUGCCCCUGGUGGCUGCCAUCAUCGUUCUGUCAGUCUGUCGCUUGGGAACCAGCGUAGGUAUCACCGCCUACAGCAUACAUCUUAAGGACUUCGUUCGGUUUGAAGCCCAUAGUAUGACUAGUCUCGUCAGGGCUUCUUUGGCUAUCCAUGUAGUGACAGAUAUACUGGUCGCGGGGUCGCUUUGCUAUUAUCUCCAUACCAGUCGCACUGGGAUCAAACGUACCGACACGAUGAUUAAUAGACUUAUGGUCUACGCGGUUCAUAACGGUCUUAUAACAGCUGUUGCCGAUAUCCUCGUCAUUGCCUUCAACACAGCGUACCCUGGCAACCUUAUAUAUCUGGCGGUCUAUCAAGUUGUCGCGAACUUAUAUUCAAACUCCUUACUUGCUACGUUGAACGCCCGUAGACCUUCUAAGCAGGUCUAUGAUCACUUUACAACCGAAGCCGACAUGUUGAGUCUGUCUAUCCUGACUACCAACCCGAACAAGCGUCAUGUUGAUAUUAAUAUAACGUCCACUACUGAAUUCGCCGAUGAUACGGACAGAAACUCUGCUACUAACCCUAGUUCUAAAGUCGGAAGCUUCUGAAGAAAGAGGAAAAACGGAAGUGUUAUCCAUGUGUUUCAAAAUCUUCUGUUACAGUGCUCUGUACUAUCAUCGCUUGUUUACAUAUAUAUUGCUGCUGCUAAUUAUACAACGUGAACUCAUCAUGCUUUUCGGUCAGGUGUUGAUCAUAAAAUCCAACGUAACGACUGGCUCGACGUGACACAAGACUGGUAGAUGCAUUGAAGUUGCAUUCAUGUUAAUAUGAAAGCUGGCAUGUUGCUGACGG